GUGGGGACGGUGCGGGAAUGCGACGUGACCGAUCGAACAGGUCACGCCGCGCCGUUGCCGGACUCGUGGUAAUUAUAAUAUCUAACAACUGUUCCAUUAGUCGUGCACCACCUCUACAGUCUUGCUCGACGACAACAGGGACGUAGGUACGGACUUAAUGAAACGAUUAUCAUCGCCGACACUUCCAGUUGCGGUCUGCCCACCAGAAGUGUGUUGCCGGUCUUCUGAUAACGCAUGCGACGCCGGUGUAGCGCAAUAAAAAACUAUUCAGUCGCACUUAAACAGUGACAUAAAACACGUCCAGGGGUAGGAUAAAAAAAAUAUUUAAAAUAAGGAAACCUCACAGGUCGUAGAUUCUAGAAAAAGCAACACCGAACAACCAACAGUGCUCGUGCGUGUAUUUUUAAACCAGUGAAACGCCAGUGGAAACAUUUGUUAUUCUGUCAGGUAAACAAAUAGCUGUACGGAAAUCCUAAACAAACAUUACACACUAGACGCGUGACAUUUAACAAAUACGAACAGGAUUAAAUAUUCAUCGAUACUUCAAAUACACCAGUUAUUCGAAAAGCACAAAGACCUUUUUCCUAUGGGACGCGAUGGAACAGUACGUUAAUCGGUUUCCGACCGUGACAAUUGCACCGAAGCCAAUCGUUCGUAAACAUUUCCCUGUAAUUUACGAGCGUAUUCGUCGCAACGACCGCUUCGGUUCGCAACAGUGCCCGCGACAUAUGGUUUCGUUAACACUUCCUGAACCUUGAUUCCCCGCGCCGGCGUUAGGAACAAUUACGGCGCGGCGCGUAUCAAAAAUGAUAAAUGUUAGAUAAUUGCAACCGGCGAAGAAGGUCGCUCUUUAUCUCUUGUCCCGCGUAUAAAUGUCGGGGAGUUAUUGUCCGGCAAUUUAUCUGUUCUCGCGUAACGACAAGCCCCGCUGCGCAGAGAGGAGGGGAGGGUGGAAUGGAUCGCUUAAUUAUGUUAAUUUUCAUCGGCCGCUUUGUAUCCGUCCAACCCCGCGAACUUCUCAGUUCCACGGAAACACGAGGCCUCGCGAGAAACGCAAUUUUCCGUGUAUCGCCGUUUUCGAGUCCGCAUUGUAACCUCCUAACGAGUUUCCGCGUUGAAGUUGUCCGAUGACGAGCAAUUUCGCGAUCCAGACGAAAAUAAUGGUACGAGUAACAGGCGCGGACGUGUAAUUCUCAGUGAAAUCAUUCGAACAGGCGCCUUCGAUGAAACAAUCGGGAAACUUUCGAACGACAAACAUUAUUUUUACUGAAUCCAUGUUCGACGAUCGUGUAUAAGUGAUUUAAGGAAGUCGCGGGUUAUUUCGUUAAUGGAGCAUUGAAACAGCUGACGGAAGAUGAGCUGCAACGUGACGCCCCUGAAGAAGUACGCGGAAAUUAGUUACCGCGUGAAAUGCGUGUCCGUGGAGAACGAGCGGGUGUUUGGUGACGUAUACGUCACUCAGCAGACUAGGAAUCUUCUGUAUUGUGCUGACGGGUAUCAGUUUCCCUCGUUGUACGCCGGGAGAAAAUGCAAUCUGAUACAGAAGAGGUGGGAGGGGCCGGAUUUCAUGGAGCUGAAUAAGAAGAAACCGAUUAGAAGGGCCAGCGUGAUGCCGGUCAAAGCGACGAAGAAUUGCCUGAAGAGGUCCAGAUCGACCGGCGACACGAGAUCCAUGGUUCAAUACGAUUGCAAGAACAAUGGCGACGGGCAGGAAGAAAUUGAAGUCAGGAAUCUGAAGACGUAUCCGACGCCGUUGCCUCAUGUAUUAUCGAGAAAGCAGCGCAGCGUCUCGUUGCUGGUGGAUCAGCUGUUGCUGGAUAUCUACGGGUUGCCAGACGGUGACAGGGGACGAUCGGAAAGCGACUCGACAGCCUCGUCCCUGAAGGCGCGUCCCCGGCAUCAGCAUCUGCAAAAGGCGCGUCUGCUAUGGAAAAGUAAAAGUGAACUUCAGAUUUUAAUAUUGAAUUUACGCGACCAUAUCAAUCAUACCGGCGGCAUACUGAUCCGUCAGCUGCGCCGGAAGGAUUAUCUCACCAUCAAACAAGAAAAACAAUUCGACAUUAUUACAGCAUACCUUCGGGCUAACAACGGAAAAUUCGAGGACACGAAGAUGAGAUUCAGCCUGACUCCACAGCCGGGAGAAAGUGGUUUCAUACAAUGGCUGGACGCGAUGAAAAUGGUCGCCAGACUGCAAGGAGGUAUACCACCGGAGUUUCGGAAGAAGUUAUGGCUGACGCUGGCGGAACGUCAUCUAGAGCAGCGCGGUGUAGAUUGGAAGCAGGCUGAAAAGGUCUGCUUCAACGAGUGGAGCAAUCCUGACGAUGAAGAGCUCGGUAUACAGAUCGUUAAAGAUUUACACAGGACAGGCUGCAGUCUGUUUUGCGGGGCAGCUGGCAGAGACAAUCAAGCGGUGCUCCGUCGUGUUCUGCUCGGCUUCGCCCGAUGGAACAAGUCCGUCGGCUAUUGCCAAGGCCUGAACGUGCUCGCCGCCCUCGUUCUGCAAGUUAUGGAUCGGGCCGAGUCCGCCGCGGUGAAGGUGAUGAUCUACUUGAUAGAAGGUGUCCUGCCGGAGGGUUAUUUCGGGGACAAUCUGCGCGGCCUCUCCGUCGACAUGGCGGUGUUCCGCGAUCUCCUGCGGACCAGGCUGCCCAAGCUUUCGAAACACCUCGAGGCACUACAGAACGACGCGAAGGACAAGGCGACAGGUUAUUCCUUUUCGAGCAGCAGCUACGAGCCACCUUUGACGAAUGUGUUCACGAUGCAAUGGUUCCUUACCCUCUUUUGCCACUGUUUACCUCAAGAAGCGGUACUUCGAGUCUGGGAUCUGAUAUUUCUUGAAGGAGACGAGAUUUUACUUAGAACUGCUUUGACCAUCUGGGAGGGAUUAUCAGAUCGUAUCAUGACCGUCACAUCAGCCGACGAAUUUUACAGUAUAAUGGGCGUCCUGACUAGGGAGAUGCUGGAAUUCACAGAUACGAAUAGUCUUAUUAAGAACAUUGUCAGUAUGGGACCUUUACAAGGUGUAACGGGUUUGAGGGAGAAGCACAGAUACAAUAUCACACCGUGGGCAAGGAAGCUGAGCGACGACGACGACAGCGAUACGGAAGAAGAUGAAAGAUUGGCCGUGGCUGCUGCGAUGUUUAGCAUGGCGCAACGCUUGAAGAAAGACAUGCUUGUAGAUCGUAUACCUCAAACAAUCGGCGCGCUGCAGGCAAUGGCGCCCAGCAGCGAUCGAGAACGCCUCGCUUUGGACAUUAGUACAUUGAAGCAGCAGUACGCUAAGUUACGGGAACGUCAACGUCAGGCGCACAUAAUUCUAUCCGCUGCAUGUGCAAGGCAGACCAUGGUACCACCUCCUACUUCUCAGGCCAUGAAUCAUCUUUUAGUGGGCAAAAAUGCGCUUGUGAGCGCGAAGAAUCGACCCCUGAGUCUACCUUCUACUGCACAGGCGAAGACACGACCUACACCUCUAAGUCAUAACCGAAGGGACAGGCAGCAAGGAGUUACGCUGCAUUGGAAGGACACGAAGAAAGCGAAGCAGAAAGCUGCGAGCGCAUCAGGUGUAGCAGAAACUGCAUCGUUGCAACCACAGGAUGCUGAGCUAGCAUCUCCAAAGCGCGGCAAUGGCGACAGCGACAGCGACAGCACGUCGACCGAACUGUGCGAUGAACCGGAUCGUCUCAGCGACGUCGACAGCGAGGAUUUGACGUCAGCGUCUGAAUCCUACGUCAUGGCUACGGACGAAGAGAGAACGUUUCGUGGCGGAGACUCGCCGAUGCCAGACAAGGCUCUUGACGAGAAGAACGAGCCAGCCUCCGAAGACGUGAAACAGGACUCUGGAUUAGUCGAGGAAAAUUUGGGCGACAUGUCGAUCGCGAAGAUAACAGAUCAGAUACGACGAUUGUCCGCGGAAGAUGACAAUAAUUCAAUGGUUCCUCAAUCGUUCAGCGUACUAAACAAACAUUUGCCUGGUGACUCGACGAUAGAACCGUCACUGGAGAAGGAUCUUUCGCCGGCCGAUCUUAAGACGGAGUUCUCGUUGGAUACCGGCGUGGAGAAGUCGUUGGCUUUGGACGAAUACGAAUACUUAAGUUUCGGCGUGAACACGGUGAGUGUGAAAGAGGAGGAAGUGUUGGUGCACGAGAGACACAGGCCGAAAGGUCCUGCUAGAGACAUCGACGAUUUCGCGGACAGUCUGAACGACCCGGUGCAGGACAUAACGUCUACGGUCGCUCAACGUCAAGAUCCGAACACAUUUUCGGAAUUCUCGAUGUCGUUGGCCACGAAGUACGAUCAUGUCUCCGACGAACCUACGCCGGCAGACACGGGCUACGGUAAAAUCGCAGAGAAAACUGAGUCGUUAGAUAAAGUGUACAAUGACGCCUCCGAUAGAACGGUUUCCUUGGACGAAAAAUGCGAUACCCUGACGGAGACGGCUACGUCGUUAGAUACAAGGUAUGAUAAAAUCAUAGAUAAAACCACCCUAGUAGACAGAAAAUGCGAUGAAAUGACAGAGAAAUCUAUUUUGUUAGAUAGAAAGUACGAUGAUAUCGCGGAGAAGGCUACUUCGUUAGACACAAAGUACAACAGAAGGGCAGGAACUACUUCGUUGCAAACGAUGCACGAUCAGUUCGCGGACAGGGCCGCUACUUUAGAUAUAACAUACGAGAAAAUGGCAGGGAUAUCUUCCUCGUUAGAUGCAAAAGUGGAUGUUACCGCAGGCAGGAUUUCCCCGUUAGAAAGAAAGUUCGAUAACAUUGGAGAUACGAGUAUGCCGUUAGAUACAAGGGUCGACGAUUUAAACCGAGCAACUUCGUUAGACUCGAAAUACGAGAUUCCUAUUUCGUUAAACGCAAAACUAGACGCGAUUUCGCCGUUAGAAAUGAAAUUCGACAAAAUAGUAGGGUCAUCUGUGUCGUUAAGUAUAAAGAACGACGAGAUCGUAGGCAGAAACGUGACAUCGGACACGAAAUACGACAAAAUAUCAGGGAAAUCUACGUCGUUAGACGCGAAAUACGAUGAAAUUGUAGACAGAGUUACUCCAUCGGACGUAACAUACACUAAAACAGCGAAAUCCAGCUCGCUAGAUUCAAAAUAUGAUGGAGUCUCUGAUAGAAUAACUUCCUUCGACACGAGGUACGAGAAAGUCUCUUCAUUAGAUUCAAAGUAUGAUCAGAUUGUAGAGAAGACGUCAUCCUUGAACAUGAAGUUCGACAAGAUUCCAGGCAAGCCUGUCCUCGACCUGGGAACGGAAAACGGCGACAGGUACAGAUUGUCUUUCGACUUUUCUAGCAGACUAUCCCUAGAUUCUAAACCCUAUGACCCACCAAAAAUAAGUCCUUCAGUAGCCGAGCCACCAAGUACGAUCAGCAUAGACAGAAACCUUUACUGUAAAACGUAUGUCGGUCAUCUUCCGAUCUCACCAGUAACAGUCGAUCAGAAAUUAAAUCAAAUAACGUCUGUACACAGCACGAACAACAUCCCCAUUCUGACCACAGAAUCCACUAAUUCCCAAGUCACUGGAAAGGCGUACUUCAUCGAUAGAAUCUCAACUACUCAGACAAAAACGUAUUCGGACAUGAAGAAGAGUCCUCAGACACCGGAGAGCAACAAGUCCUUCAGUUCUGGAGAGACGAUGGGGCCGGACUCGAAACCUUCCAGCAUGACGAUCAGUCCGAGGACUCCAGUCAGGUCUGACUCGCGUGACUACCUGAUGGACAAGUCGGUGUCAUCUUCGAUUAGCUCGGAUUCGAAGACCUUAGUGUUCCGAUCAGUAGAUUCUGACGUGACCAGGGACAGUGACAAAACUGAUACAAAAAAGUCAAGAACUGACUAUGAUAAAUCCAACUCAUUGACGCCUAUCAGCACGGACUCGCUGAGGAUCAAGUCGGACACCAGCCCGAAGCUAGUCAUCAGCAGCUCCAGUGACUCGUGCAGCCCCGGAAAAUUGAAGUCUUCCGAGAGGUCGUUCAGUUCAGACCUCCAAUCGCCAAUCAGUGCCAACUCGAUCAAGUAUACCUCGAAUUACAAUAGACGGGGCCAGGACGACGUGUCCAGCUCGCCAAUGGACCUGAGUGCGGCCACGUCGCCGUUCUAUCCGAUCUCGAAUCCGAAUCAAAAGACUCCUCCCUCGCCUUACAGCGCGUCUAGACGUCGGUCUAGCUUGGAUAGCACGGAAACGUCGCCUGAACAGAAAUCCAGUAGCUCGAAGGAAUCGAAUAAGUACUUGGGCUAUCAGUCGAAGUUUGAUUCCACCUUAAAAUCCGAUGUCAAAGAUACGGACACUGGAGCUACCAGAAGCGAAGACUUUCUAAGAAAAGAUUAUAGCUCGAAGAAAGAUGAAUUGAGUACAAGUUUAAGCGAUGGGAGGAACGGAGGUACUGAUGCUCACUUCUAUCAGUCGAGUAGCACCGACUACUACAGGAAAGAUAAAGAUUUGGACGAUGGAAGUGAUGAUCCUCUAUCGGAGAAAGAUGUGGUUCCAUCUUUGCCACGGGAGAAACUAGAUAAACAUUAUCUGAAUUAUCGAUACAGGGACAGGUCGAAGCUGUUAGAGAGAAGUUCUAGUAGUCUGGACAGCAGACGAUUCGUCGACAUGAAGUCCUCGGUCUCCUCGGACGAGUUCAGCACGUCGAUGGUGAAGAAGAGGUCCAGUGACAUUUUAGAAGACAUCAAGCACUUGGAGGCGAAGGCGAAUGAUGGGACCUCGGACCCUGGGAUAAUGACCAAGAAAAGUAGUUAUAUCUGGGAGGACUUGAAGAGUCUGGAGGCUAGGCGGCAGGACACUUUCAGCGAUUCGGCGAGUUCAUUUUCUAAACGUCGCUUGGAGAUACCUGAUAUAAGCGUGACGGGAGAAGGCAGGAAAUCUUACAUCGUUCAUCCUAGAAUUAAUAUUGAUGAGAAUACCGACAGUAUCUUGAACACUGUGGCUCGUAGCCAGAACAAUGGCGACGCGGAUGAUGGCAGGGAGUCGAAAUUAGGCGUUUGGACGAAGGUGAAGCCUCGAAAGAAGAAUGACAAUGGAAGAAGAAACAGCGACAGGGCGCUGAAGAUCAUCCAAGAGAAUUCUGUGAUUCUGCAGAAGAUCCUCGCCUGCCAGGCAAAAAAACGGUUGCCGGAUCUCGAGGAGAUUUCUAAGGAGAUCAGCAUAAGUCCGAUAAAUGAGGAGAUUUCAAAGAUCUUCAGUCCAAUUCUCGAGAAGAUGGGCCUGAACGAGCACGAGAUCAACGAGGAACUGGCGCGAAUCAAUUUCAAAGACUUCGACAACAUGACAGCUACCAGCGUGUCCGAGUUCGAUGCGAAGAUAAACGAAGAACUUUCCAGGUUAUCUCUAAUUGACGACAACGAGCAGGUAGAUCACUUUGAUGUAGACGAGGUGAUCGCUCAUCAGUACUCGGACACUAGGGAGGCUUUAAUAGAUCGGAAGAUAAAUGAAGAAUUAUCAAAGCUGUUGUUGAACUACGAAGAUCGUUCUCCAGCGAGUUUGAAUCUGGAGAAGGGCUCGUCGAGUCAGAACGUCAGUGAAAUCGACGGUUUGGACUUGUCCAGCAUCUCUACUAAUGUUUUCUCUUACAAAUCAUCGAACGACUCUAUUGACGCUAAAAGCGAGUUGGGAUCUGCUCAGGAACCAUCGAUACAGGUCGAAAAAUUCUCUCAGUAUACGGAGAAAGUGUUACCCUACAGCGUGUCGAAGUACAGAGAUGAUGAUUCGUCGCCAAAAAGCGACAUAGACAUCUACAGGGAGCUAGAGAAACUUGAUAAGAUCUCUUCAGCCCAGGUGCUGCCGGAACCAAGGAGUUUAGAGCUUCCUUCCGAAGACCUUUCCUCCAUUCCGUACGUCUCAAAUACUUCGCCGUUCAAAGACGUUCCGCCGAUCAGAUACACGACCAAGCCCGUUCAAUACGACACGUCGCCUCUGAAAACCCUUUACGAUCCUUACAAAAGCUUCGACUUCAAGCCUAAGCUGUCUCCAAAGCAUGCGUCUACUAAUCCUUUCGUUGCUGCGUCUUACGACAAGCCUGUCAUCGAUACCGCUUUCGAGUAUAUCAAUAACAAGCCCGAAUUAUCCGUGAACACCUUCGAAACGCAUUUGAAGAGUCCACUGUUGACGAAGGAAUCGUUAGAGUUCCGAGUAAGGUACGACGAAGAGCCUUCUAGGGACAUCAGCAGCGAUUACAUGUCUCUGCAACCGGACAGAUCGUUGACCUCUAGUAAGUCCCCUUAUUACAGCAACGGGAAUACCGAGCCACUGACUCCUACGAAAUACUUGGCCAAGGAGGACAGGUGUUUAGACUCCAGUGUAUCCCCUUUCAUGGAGUUUAGCGGUGAGUCCUCUGAUCUGCGUCGCAAAUACGAUCCAUUGUCCCCUAAAGAGUACGCUCACGGCAAGAACACGGACUACGAAAGACACUUGAGCACGCUGCCCUCCAUAGAGGCACCCUCAGAGCUAGGCUCGUAUCUGCCUACCAAGAACCUGGACUACCAUCCUCUGUCGCCUAAUCGGCAAUACAGCAAUCAAUGUUUCCCGACAGCAACGAACCACUACGCGUCGAAGCUGUCUCCAGGCCUGGCCGACGAGAGCAAGCGGCCCGUUUCGCAUCCCGAAUUCCCUGGGAAGAUAACUAUAGGGAAGUACACCGAGCUGCCUGACAGAGGAGCCGCCAGCAGCUAUCAGAAGUCUUCUUUGAGUCUCGGUAACAUCGGUCACUCGAGCAAAGGGGUGGAAAACAAUUUUAGUACCGUGACCAGCCCGAAGACACAGUUCAGCCCGUUUCCUGUGAGGAACGCACCCAGGAAGCCGAAGGAAUUAACGCUGAAGCUGGGUCUCUACUCGCAGAAGAACCCUGACGCGGGACAGUUGAAGAGGUCAUAGUGCGAGACUGUUGGGACGUGUCACUUCAGGUUCGAUUCGUUGAUCUGUGCGGAAGGGGUAAACGUAUGGUUGUGGUGGAUCAGUGUUUAAACAAGCUCCUCCGUGCGACAGCUGUUUGGAGAUUUGCAUCGGUGACUUACGUCAGAUGGUGGGCCUAAGUUAUCGUUCCCGAUUAUCGUGAAGCUCGAUCUCACGGCGAACUUUGCGGCUCCGUACAGUGUUUGAUGUCGAUGUAUCAUUCGUCGAUAUAAUGCGUAAUUGUUUUGAAGUCCAGGUCCGCCUUAUUAGAUUGAUGUCUGAUGAAGAUACGGAGGACUCUGGUCUGGUUGCUAUCGUUUCGUUGUUUCAGUCGGCGGCACGACUUCAGAACGUUACGAAAGAGAUGAAAUGUUAAAAGGGAUCGAACGCUGAACAGAAUUUUCGCGUAUACUGUCGCAUGACUUCCCCUCCUCUUUAGCGAUAAUCAUUAACUACGUUUUCUCCGAAUGUUUAUAGUCUAUGAACGUUGACUAAUUAACGAACAUUUUUUACGAGCUCUGCUUUGAACGGCUUCACGGAAAUCUCGGCGUCUCUCUUUUAUUCUUUUCCUUAAUGAAGAGAGGGGGAAUGGUUGACAAUUCUCUCUUGAGGAAGAAGAGAGAGAUCGAGAGAGAAAGAAAAACAAAUGCUUGCUGAAUAGCACUAAAGAUCCACGCGGAACACACUUGCAAUUUCUAAUGCGAUGCCUUCGAUCUCCCUCCAAUCUCGCAAAGAAACCUUGUUAUCACAUCUCGAUUAUUGCGAUAAGUAGCCUCGAAGUGCACACGAGAGACUCCGAUCGAGAGAUAUGGAUGGAGAAAGGAAGAGAACGAGAGAAUGUGCGUAUGAGAGAGAGGGAGAGAAAGAGAAAGAAAGAGAACGUUACAAAAUGCCUUCCAUUCCACUCCCCGAAUCCCUCACCGCGCCCAAACCGGGUUCGCUUUUGCUACAGUGAUCUCGCAUGCGAUCGUAAAUCACCGAUCACGGGACUGCGGUAACAUGAAAUUUCCUCCUAAAAGAUACAAUAUUAUUACGCCGCGAGAGAUUGUAUAAAAUUAUAGAAGUUGUUAUAUAUUCGACGGGCGCCGCGAUAGCGUUUAAUUUCAUCGGUACGUUUGCGCAGAACUCGGCUGGUGCACAACACGGCCCAGCGUGUGUCUGUGUGUCUGUGCGUGUAUUUGAGGGUGCGUAAGCGUGUGUGCGUAUCGUUUCCGCGGCGGAAUGAUGUACCAUUACGGGAUGCCGGACACGAAAGGGGAGUGACAAACAAACAAAUUGUACAUAACUAUAUAAGGGGACGUCGGUUGUAUAUUAAAAAGCGUGCCGAGGAGAGAUAAGGGGGAAAAGAAACUCGAAGAGUCGAUCGAGAUCUUUUUAUAUUGAAUGAAAACAAAAAAAAAGACGUAGUAUUUUUAGAUGUUUCUAAUAAGAUGAUUAUCCUCGGUAUUCGUCGCCGUCGUUGCGCGUGGUGUGAGCUUGGCCGAGCUAUGCUUAAACGUGACGCCUCCGCUGAUUCUAUUCGAUUCUAUUUGUCGCCCGUGAUUUUGUUAUUGCGGACGCCGCUUUACGUCGGCCGUGUCGCACGGUGUACCGGAGGAGCUAAAGCCUGGUACGCACUUGGAAAUGUUCGGAAUUUAUGGAAGUGUUACGCUGAAUUGAAAGUUCAACUGAAUUUCAAUCCUUGAUCAAUGGUCUGAUUUAAAAUGAAAUCAAGAUCUUCAUAUACUUUCUUCAAUUGUCUAACAAGACUGAGUUCUGAACAAUCAUAUACGAUAGAAAUGCACGAAAUCUGCAGUCAAUUAAUCAUUACUAUAAAAUACAUUCGAUUUUAUUAAAUUUCUUAACACCGUGUUUGGAGUAGCUGAUCUUUCUUGGCAUUCUACAAUUCCAAGUGCGUACACGGCUAAAGGAAAUUGCAUGCUUCGUCGAUUUUUAUGUCAAGUCGUUGUAACAUUUAAAUUCUCGAACGUCACACGGAAACAGGAGUUGUGAUCCAGAUAACUUUGUCGAACGAGGUUCGAUGGCGUAACACAUUGAUUUUACCUAAAUCUUCUCACAUGUUUCUUCUAGAAUACUUAAUUCAGCGGUUUAUUUCGAUUGGCUUACAUAGCGAGUAGAUGAACCAUUACGUCCAAUUUAUCCAUCGAUGGCAGGUAGAUUCGUCAAUUCAAAAUUCGUCGCGUGAAGAUUUUUAUACGAACCGUUCAGACCCGGGGCAGUCCAUUCGUUUCGCAAAGCGGAUCAAACAAGACGACAAAAUUAUAGAAGCAGCUGCGUACAUGUGCCUCUAGAUUCCUUAACCAAACAAAACGACAACGAUCGCGAAUUUCGAACCAGAUAGUCUCCGUUCAUCGGAUGAAAUUAAUUAUCUGCUCGGAGUCCCCUGAGAACAACUUAGAGAACUUAAUGAACCAAUUAAUAUUUCAAUUCGUCGAUCACGAAACGAAUGUCCUUACGUAUUUAUACAAGAAGUUGAGCAAUGCCGGAGGUAAUGGAACGAGGAAAUGAAAACACUUCCGAUAGUUGAGCAGCCAAUUAAUUUUCUUCGACUUCUGAGAUAUCAGAGGGACGACCUGCACAUCGAUUCCUGGUGUAAUUGUCGCUGACUUGUCACUAUUCCUGGGAGCACAUUCAGAAUUGCGCUUCUGGCAGAAAUCUUCUACGUAAUCUGCACCAACUUCUAUCCGACUCGCAUACUCACCGUAAAGAGACAAUGAAGAGAACAGUUCCCGCGGACGCGCUAGACACGUAGAUCCCAGCACACGAAGCUUUCGCAGUAACUCCGCAUUCGUCUGAACGAUGUAUCUUCCCUGUCACGCGAGAAAUCGUGGUUAAGGGUGAACGUAUUCGAACAGGGUUGUAAGAAUACACGUUCGUAUUCGUCGUUACACUUUUAUAAACGUUUACAGGUGAAACAACUUCGUUCUAGUUCCUUGCGGUGGGUUGAUAUUUCUGUAUUAAGCGGUAAAUAGUUAAAAGGCAUUGAACGAAAGAGCAUUUCAAUUCUUUAAUAAUUGGAGAAGUAAGCUUUUAGAAUUUGAUUUGUUGCAUUACAAUCCUGUGCAAGAUUCAUUGAUCUGUGUUUUAUUUGAUUUCUAAGUUUGUUUCUAUGCUACAUGUUUCGUUAUGUGUUCGAUCUAAAGUUAGCAAGACAGUAAAUAGAGCACAGUGUAUAUGUUCAGCGACCCAGUGUAAAUGGCUAGAAUCAAUUUGCUUCAUCAAACGAUGAAUCUAUUCGCGCUGCUGUCCGAACAUCCCUCUUAUCGUGCGUUAUCCGAGCGAAACAAACAAGAAAUAACUAUAUUUUCCUGGCAAACUGGACGGAAGGACAAGAGUAUAAACACCGUCACGUUCGUUCGUUGACGUGCGGCCAAAUUCAGUGAACCGAAUCGUAGGUUCGGAAGCCUGUGAGGAAUAGAAAGUAUUCGUAAAGGUGCUUUAACGAGGCAUUGGUGCGUUAAACUAAGCAAAAGUGAAAUUAUCUAGAUGUAGGUAGCUGAUAAGAGAUCGAUAAUAGCGUUCUUUGUUGUAUCUUGUGAACGAAAUUCCAUUUUCCUUUUCCCACCGGGCAAAUUCUCCGCUUUCGGUUCAAACCUGGGGCUUAAGCGGUUUUGAGCGUAAUAUUUAGUGAAUAGCUGUUAUUUCGAAGUUCUGACUGAAACAAUUGCAACCAAAAACACGCAGCAUUAAUGGGUGAAAGAAAUCCUGAUUUAUAUCUGUUGCGAUUUUAUAAAAGAUAUUUCAAUACAAACGACACAACCGAAUAGAAGAGUAUUCUACUUAAAGAAAACAAAGAAGCAAACAGGAAAGAAUAAGAUUUCCUUCUUUAAAACUACGUGUUCCGAAUUCUUUGUGAAUCCUGGUACGUCUGUUCAUGACCAACUGUUUUUAUUUCUUACAAGUACUACUUCGUACGUUUCGCGCGAACAUUCUAUCUCGGAAUUGAAAGCUGCUACGAACAACUGCCGGCGUUAUCGAGUCAGUAGUUCUGAUUCAGAAAAUGAGAACUUAAUAAACUUUUAGAAGCAGCGCUCAAGCGAUACAUAAUCGGUGUAAAUUCGACGCAAUAACAGUUCCGUAGAGUCGUAUCUGAAAUCGACACAAGCCAGAGCAUUUUUCAUCCGUAACAGCUGAAACUUCAUUUCAAUUCUCAUAACCGUUUCAAGAACCGAAACCGACAUUAUCGUUUCCGAGCCCAGGUUCAAACUACACGUCCGUAAAUUCGGCUCGCUUCUGUUCCCCGUUCGUUUCCUCUGUAGUUAGUUCCGUUAUCGAUUGUUUGUACACGUUCAUCGAGAAAUCACGCGUGUGGACGACGUUCUUUUUCUACGGAGAUAAUCGGGAGGAGAGUUAGAAUAAUUCUGGGGAAACGAGGGUGUUGAGCGUGCGCCGGUCGCGAGGGGCAACUCGCGUUGCCAACUGCGUGGUCACGCGAAUCCUAUAAGAAAAGUCGUUUAUAAAGAAGCGUUAUAUUUACAAAAGGGUGUGGAUGAAGUUGUUACGUGGCGUUCUGCGAGAGUUGUUGUAAAUACCUGUCGGUACGAGUCAUGCCAGAUAUAAGACUGUAUAUUUGAAGAAUAUAGAGCUAUAAGUCGUUAUGAAUAAAUAAACUGAAUAAAUAUAUUG